GAGAUAGGGUGGCAACUCCAUUUUUGGGUGAGGAGAGGGCUGAGAAUAGGUUGAAGAAGCCAACGACCUUCUUGUGCAAGUUGAAAUUCUGGAAUGAACUUCCUGAUCCUAGUGCUCAACCGAAGCUGAUGCCUUUAAAGAGAGAGAAAGAUCGAUUUACUAAGUACACAAUCACAUCUUUGGAGAAAAUGUAUAAACCUCAACUAUAUGUUGAGCCAGAUCUUGGGAUACCUCUUGACCUUCUUGAUCUCAGUGUAUACAAUCCUCCUAGUGUUAGACAACUUCUUGCUCCUGAAGAUGAGGAAUUGUUGCAUGAUGAUGAGUCAGUCACCCCUGUAAAGAGAGACGGCAUAAAAAGAAAAGAAAGGCCAACAGAUAAAGGUGUUUCUUGGCUAGUUAAGACACACUAUAUAUCUCCUCUUAGCAUGGAGUCAGCUAAACUGUCUCUGACUAAAAAACAAGCUAAAGAAAUGAGAGAGAUGAAGGGAGGCUGCAAGCUUUUGGACAAUCUCAAUAAAAGGGAAAGACAAAUCCAGGAAAUUCCAGCAUCGUUUGCCUCAAACAAGUUACCCCAUGUGCAUGCAACUAAUAAAAACUUAAAGCCAGUCGAGAUUUUGCCUCUGCUACCUGAUUUUGAUCGGUAUGGAGAUAAAUUUGUCACAGUAGCAUUUGAUGGUCCUACAGCUGAUGCAGAAAAUUACAGCAAGUUCGAUCCAUCUGACCGUGAUGCCUAUGAAUCACGGGCUAUUAUGAAAGCUUGUGUGGCAUCAGGUUCAGAUCCGGCUAACCCAGAGAAGUUUUUGGCAUACACAGUACCUUCUCCAGAUGAGCUGUCAAAGGAUAUGUAUGAUGAAAAUGAGGAUAUCUUAUAUUCUUGGAUUCGUGAGUAUCAUUGGGAUAUACGGGGGGAUGAUGCCAAUGACCCUUCAACGUUCCUUGUUUCAUUUGAUGAAGCUGAAGCUCGCUAUUUGCCUCUUCCCACAAAGAUUAGUUUAAGAAAGAAGAGAGCCAGAGAGGGAAGAUCAGGUGACGAGAUUGAACAUUUUCCUAUCCCCUCAAACCUUAACCUUCUGGAUUGA